UCAAAACUUUCCUGGCUGUCUGUUAUAUCACUUUUUUCCCAGAGGCUACUACUUGAGAAGAGGCAAAGGAAAAAGCGCCUUGAGCCGUUUAUGGUGCAACCCAAUCCGGAAGCCAGGCUACGUCGGGCAAAGCCAAGGGCCAAUGAGGAGCAGACUCCCUUGGUGAACUGUCGUGCUCCCCACAGCAAUGUCGUCUUACAUGGUAUUGAUGGUCCAGCUGCUGUCCUGAAACCAGAUGGAGUUCAUGCUCCGUUAGUAAGCUCCCCUGUUUUGGAAGAAGAUACUGAAAACACCGUGGCUAGUGCUUCCAAGCCAGGACUUAAGGAGACUCUCCAAAAGCAUGAGAUCUCUGAAAGUGUGAACUUCGAUGAUGAGACUGAUGGAAGAUCCCAGUCAGCAUGUUUAGAAAGACCCAGUUCUGCAUCCAGCCAGAAUUCAACCGAUACAGCCACUUCCGGUUCUGCGACUGCAGCCCAGCCAGCUGAUAACCUCCUGGGAGACAUAGAUGACCUCGAGGACUUUGUGUAUAGUCCUGCCCCUCAAGGUGUCACAGUAAGAUGUCGGAUAAUCCGGGAUAAAAAGGGAAUGGAUCGAGGCCUCUUCCCCACCUACUAUAUGUACUUGGAAAAAGAAGAAAAUCAGAAGAUGUUUCUUCUUGCAGCUAGAAAGCGGAAAAAGAGCAAAACAGCCAACUACCUUAUCUCCACUGAUCCAGUUGAUUUAUCUCGUGAAGGAGAAAGUUAUGUCGGCAAGCUUAGAUCCAACCUCAUGGGGACGAAGUUUACAGUUUAUGACCGUGGUAUCUGCCCCAUCAAGGGCCGGGGUCUGAUAGGAACGGCCCACACACGGCAGGAGCUGGCUGCCAUCUCCUAUGAAACGAACGUGCUUGGAUUUAAAGGUCCUAGGAAAAUGUCUGUGAUCAUUCCUGGAAUGACACUGAAUCAUAAGCAGAUUCCAUAUCAGCCACGAAAUAACCAUGACAGUUUGCUAUCAAGGUGGCAGAACAAAGCUAUGGAAAAUCUGAUUGAGCUGCACAACAAGGCCCCCGUCUGGAACAGUGACACUCAGUCCUAUGUCCUCAACUUUCGUGGCCGGGUCACUCAGGCAUCUGUGAAGAACUUCCAGAUAGUCCACAAAAAUGACCCUGACUAUAUAGUUAUGCAGUUCGGACGUGUGGCAGAUGAUGUAUUCACAUUGGACUACAACUACCCACUUUGCGCAGUACAGGCCUUUGCCAUUGGGCUUUCUAGCUUUGACAGUAAGCUGGCAUGUGAAUGAGAGAACAAUCAAGCUGGGAGCUGGGCUUUCUCCCCACAGGGCUUUCAGGAGCAGAAGUGGCCUCCCCUUCCCUUCCCUUCCCUUGCCCCAGGACAUGAAGAGCAAUAAUAGUUUGCCCCUUUUGGAAUGAUCCCUGAAUAUAUAAAACCCACACACGCUCUCUCACUCCUCUUCCAGGUUUCAUAGACUUGGUGAGGGAUCACAGCUUAGCAUGGGUGAGAGAUGAUUUAAAGCACAGGGAGGUUCUUGUCACAUUGGGGUCUCCUGAAGUGAGAGUGGGAUUUCCUGUGCUUGGAAACUCGCCGUAGAGUCAGGGACUGACAUCGCAGUUCCUCUCCUCUCUUCAUUCCCUCACAGCUGAUUGGCCGGCACCAAUCUUAGUCACAGUGGCUGUGAUCACAUUUUGAUCAAUUAUGUGAGAAUUUUAUAGAAGUCUUCAUUUCAUUUAAGGCUGAAAGCAUAAACUCUAGAGGUGACUUAGUCAAGACUGACAGUAAUUUCAUAAUUGCCUUCAUUUUCAACCCAGGAGUGCCUCCCGAAGCUGUAUCACUUCAGACCCAUUAGUGUGUAGGUACACACCCACCUGUAGACAUCCUGUGCAAACACUUUUUCAUUGUCAUUAUCAAGAGAGAUGGCAGUAUUGACCGUUUAAUUUAGUUUUUUUUAAAAAAAGGUGGCAGGAGAGGCUUUGGGGAGGCUCAGCCAGCAGACAUGAGCGUUGCUGGCCCACGUGGCGGAGCUUUGGACUUUCUCCUUGGCUCCCACAAGCCAGGCUCAUAGGCACAGAAGGUGUUUUGCUAAGUUUUUUGGAUUAUUAUACCCCUGCACGUAUUACGUGACUCUUAUACCAGUUCACCCUUCCCAGAAUGUAUCCGAAUCUUGAGAAUGCAGAAGCUCUCUGAGCUUCGCCAUCAGCACCAUUCAGCUGCAUCCCUUGUGCACAGAACUGUGUGCCAUGGUUGGGCAAGACACUCCUGGCAGCUGCUCCCUGAGACUUCCCUUCUGUGGACUGACCUCUCGCCCCUGCCUGUUGUUCCUGCACCACAUCAGAUAAGCGUGUGAAGGAGCCAACUGGGAGCUGCAAGACCCUUGGCUCGUCCCCGCCGACAAGUCCCACCUGCUGGAUGAGGAUGAGACUGUUUACAUCUCAGGCCUGUUUGCCACCAAGUGCCUCCCUCACAGCCGUGCCCAGUAGCCUCACCUCGUCACCACCACCACCCACUGCCCCAUCCUGAGGCACUGCCUGGCAGGCCACCCUGGUUCACCACAGAAGCUAUCCCUACACAACAGCAUCUGGGGAAGGACUUAGGGUGGGCCAGCUGGACCUCAUCCUGCUUCCUCCUCCCUCUGGUUUCAAGAGAUAUAUAAACUAACACAUAAUUUUUUGUGUGCAGGUGAUUGGUUUUACAUAAGUCCUAUUUAUACCUUUUAUAUGUUAUAGAAGUAAAAGUUAAUUUAUAU